AUGCCGCUCUUCAUUGCAAAAGUAGCGUACGCCGUCGUAAACGGGGCGAGUGACGUGCAAAUGAACCCGAUCGCCCGCGACUAUGCCGCCUUAGCCCCCAAGCAACGGCUCAGCGCGGCUCACCGGAUUCCCGGGACUAAUAGAAGCACGCGUUCGGCUAAAAAGUCACGCGCACGUCCUAGCAAACAACACUGGGCAGUAAAACGCUCGCUCUUAACAGCCAUCGGACUCGAGCGUGGCCAGGCGACGGGCGGUUUU